AUUGAUCGGUACACUGCAGGGGCUUUCUCCUGGUCUAGAGUUCUAGACCUGCUCGGCUCCGGCUUGAGAGUCAAUCAAACUCAAAACAAAAAUACAAAACAGACGCCUGCGGCGGCGGCGGCAGGGAACAUGCAAACCCUAACCCUACCGAGCGCGGCUCAUUGCCACUCAGCCAUUGAAGAUCUGCCUGAUGAGUUGCUCGCAGACAUCCUCCGCCGCCUCCCUCCGCGAGGACUCGCUGCCUGCCGGAGCGUCUGCAAGCACUGGCGCGCCGACGUCGACGCCCACGGGCUGCUCCUCGCGGUCGCGCACCUCGUGCCGUGCCCUCUGCGCGGCAUCUUCGUCAAUUAUGUCAUGGAUCAAAGCCUCAGAUUCUUCUCCCCCGCGGCGCCGGGGACUACUAGUACUAGCCAGUCAUCCAUCGAUGUCACGUUGAGUUUCCUGCCUGGCCAGCUGAGUCGCGGCCGUGCCGUCCUGGACCACCGCAGCGGCCUCCUCCUCUUCGAGAACGGGAACACGAUGUGCGUCUGCAAUCCCGUGACACGGCGGUGGGCAACACUGCCGCCCCCGCCGCGUGUACCCCCUCAACAUAGCCACUUGCGUUGCUACCGCCGUCGUAUGUACUUAGUGUUCGAUCCAACCGUGUCGCUGCACUACGAUGUAUUAUUUUUUCCUGAUGUGCUUGACAAGCAAAUUCUACAACCAGCUGGUGAGCAACAAUGUUCAGGAGCAGAUUACGACAAGAGCCUGGGCUCAAUGGAGUGGCCACCCUACAUGUACCCGGUGCAAGUGUUCUCGUCAAGAAACAACCGGUGGGAGGAGAAACAGUUUAUCCGUCAAGGUGCUGCGGUCGUUACUGUCUCUGACGUGAAAUCAGAUAGAAUGUCGCCAACUAGCAGCCGCAGCACGCGUCGAAACCACGCAGUGCUUUGGCGGGCGUCAUUCUACGUACAUUGCGACAUUGGUUUCAUCAUGAGGUUGUCACUGGAAGAACAAAAAUAUUUAGUGAUCAAAACCCCAAAUGUAGAUACAAGUACGACCGGGUAUAACAGAUGUUUUAGUACAUACGGGUAUCUAGCGAAAAGCAAGCAGGGUGUCUAUUACACUGCUAUCUGUGGGUACCAAUUUCACGUGUGGGUAUUGCACAACACAUCAGAAUCAAGUCAAACACCGGAGUGGGAGCUGAAGCAUCAAGUCAACCUUGAGCCUAAUUUGAAGCCAUGCUACAACCGAUGCUUCAGACGCAAAAAUAUUGACAAGUGUUGGAUCUUAGAUUCUCGUGAUGAGGAGUCAGAGGAUACAAGAGACUAUGAAUGGGAUUCUAGUGAUGAUAGUAUCGCUGAUGCAGAAGGAGAGAUUAACGAGGAAGGUAAAGAUUAUUAUUUUGCCUUGGAUUUGCUCGGGUACCAUCCUUACAAAGAAAUUGCUUUCCUGGGCAACCGUUUCCAAGGGUUCGCUUACCAACCGCAACUAAACAAGCAUCGUCGUCCUUCGCUACCCUUACUCGAGUCAUUCAUCUACACUCCCUGCAUGAACGAUGUGCUUCCUUGUGAGGGUGAUCAUGAUGAGUAGUUACUUAUUUUAAUUGAGAGAAUAUAAUCAAAUGGUUG